CGCGUAGCUGGGCAACGGGCGGCGGCGGCGAAAGCGUGAUUGUGGAAAUGAGUGUCCCGGAACAAAAACAAAACAUCAGAGAUAGCAUUGAGCAGCAUUUAUCCACCACUUUUCUCGUCUCUCUGUGGAAUAAAACAUGUAAACAAUCGGGCACAACCGUCUCCAGACUUUGUGCUCGCCAAUAAAGACAAACAUCAUGACCGAGGACGAAAACUGUAAGCCGCCCCAGUCACCCAGGAGCUCUACCAAGAAGAAGAAGAAGAAGAAGAAAAGAAAGAAAGCCACUGUUUCCAUCACUUCUGCAGAAAAUACAGAGAAACCUCAUGCUGUAUCUUUGCCUCCUGAGACCUUGCUGGUGUCUCUGCUGUACCCACAGAGUCCGGCCCAGCCUCAAGGCCAGCUGCCCAAGCUCAGAGCAACCAGUAAGGACAGAGAGCGGCUCGUCGGCAGUGGCCAGAGCAGCAAAAAACACCCCAAGGACUCACCAUCCCUGCUGACAGAGACAAACAAUAACAGUGGCAGUGGAUCUCCGGAGCAGGGGUACGCAGCAGAGCUCAGCACCCAGGCCAGGGAGAGCCUGAGGUGGGAGGGAGUGCUGGAGGACCCCCAGGCUGAGGAGAAGAGGCUGGAGCUGUACAAGGCCAACCGACGGCAGCGUUACAUCUCACACAGAGAGGCUGUGGUAAAAGAAACCCAGAAAGACUGACCGACGGGAGCAAAGACUGACUCAAAGAAUCAAAAGAGAAGCUGUAUGCUGUUAGUCAUCUCAGGAUUUAUUUGUUCACAGUUUAAAACAGAUUUAGCCAAAUGUGAGACACAGAGUGAAGAUGUUUGGGCAUUGUUAAGAAGUUAAGAAGAGGAUUCAAUACCCUGAUACAAAGGCUUUUUCUGUGAGGUACAAAAUACGAAUCCACAACGCCGCAACUCUCAAUGGACGAGGACGGGUCGUCCGCCUGCUGAAUGGGGGUCUGUUAAAAACUUAACCUGCUUCUAAAUUAUGUAACACGUCUAGAAAAGACUCAAAGUCAAUCUUUGAGGACUGAAACCCGAUCAGGAUAAUACCACCCCCUCACAUCUGUGUGUCCACAGGUCAGAGAGGCAGAGGAGGGUUAAAUGGAUGGGGGUGAGGGUCACAUGACAUUUCUUUUCCACCACUAUAUUGUAAGAACUUUAAAUAUACGUUGUUGGUGUUUUUGUGGAGUUGAAUGCGCUCCUAUGCUGUCACACUAUCAAAUAAAAUGUGUUACUUUUAAGCAUUUUGGCUGAUUUAAUGCUAAUUAAAGUCCCGAUAAAGUCCUAUUUCUUGUCUCUCUUUAAUGGUUAACUAUAAAAAGAGAUCUUCAAAAACACUAAAAUCUUAUAUUCUCAUAGGUUGCAAAACAAUAUUUUCAGUGUAAAGAUUUAAUUCUGUUGCCAUGAUGUUGAUGUAAGUUUGUUUCCUUACACAUAAGGAGUUUGACUGUUGCUUCUUGUAUCCUGGCAAGCUACUGAGUCACUGCUGCCGUUGUGCCAUGUAAUUAUAAAACUGGAUAUAAACAAAGA